UUCUUCUCUGAUACAGUAUCUCUCGUUUCUAACUUUUAACCCUAUACGUGUAGUGUCGUACUCAUAUCUCUCUAGCUCUCUCUUCUACGUUUAUGGCAGCGUUAGAGACUGUAGGGCAGUGACAAUUCCACCACUUGCGUGUGUAAGCGGAGAUAGAAUCUUAAAGGGAUCUAUAAAGUAUCUCCCUUUCUUCUUACCCAUCUCUCUCUCUAUAUUAAUGUUUGGGACUCUCGCUUCCGGAGAACUCGAAACCGCCAGAUUGAGGCGUGAUUUAGGGUUUUCAUGCGGUGGUAUAAGAAUGGAAGGCGAGAACAUGGUGCCACAAGGAGGUGAUGGAGAAGGGGAACAGGUGAACGAAACGGUGCCGUUUCAGAUUCAACAACACCCGUUCGAGCAGACGCAGAAACUCGUUGUGGGGUAUGCUCUGACUCCCAAGAAGAAAAAGAGUUUCUUGCAGCCCAAGCUUGAAGUCCUGGCUAGGAGAAAAGGCAUUUGCUUUGUCCCCAUUGAUUUGAACCGUCCACUUUCUGAACAAGGGCCAUUUGAUAUCGUUUUGCAUAAGUUGCUAGGAAAAGAGUGGCAAGAUGUUAUUGAGGAUUACCAGAAAAAACACCAGGAAGUGACUGUGCUUGAUCCUCCAGGUGCAAUACAACGUAUACAUAAUCGACAAUCGAUGCUUCAGGGUUUGGCAGAUUUGAACCUGUCUGAUUGCAGUGGCAGCAUUUUUGUUCCAAAGCAAAUGGUUGUCUUGAAAGAUUCAGCAUCUAGUGCUGAUAGAGCCAUAGAAGCUGGUCUUAAAUUUCCAUUACUUGCAAAGCCACUCUGGAUCGAUGGAACUGCAAAGUCACAUCAGUUGUUCUUAGCUUAUGACAGGCGCUCGCUUGCAGAACUUGAUCCACCUUUAGUCCUGCAAGAGUUUGUUAAUCAUGGUGGAGUUAUGUUCAAGGUUUUUGUGGUGGGUGAUACUAUAAAAGUUGUGAGACGAUUCUCUCUACCGAAUAUUAGUAAUUGUGAAAAAGCCAAAGUUGAUGGCGUCUUCCAGUUCCCAAGGGUUUCAUCUGCUGCUGCUUCAGUCGAUAACGCUGACUUGGACCCUAGUGUUGCUGAGCUACCUCCAAAGCCUUUCCUAGAGGCCCUUGCGAAAGAGCUACGAAUCUUAUUGGGACUUCGGCUUUUCAACAUAGACAUGAUCAGGGAACAUGGGAGCAAGAACGUGUUUUAUGUUAUUGACAUCAAUUAUUUUCCUGGUUAUGCAAAGAUGCCAGAUUAUGAGCAAGUAUUUGUAGAUUUCUUCCACGAUAUGGCGCAAGCCAAACAGAAGAAGAGACAUUGUAAAUGAAGAACCUCUGUACUUCUAAGGAGUGUUUUAAACUCAUGCAAGGAGCAGUGAG